GCCGGCCGGUCCACUGUUUCCGGGAGGCGCAAGAUGGCGGCGGCCGGUCCUCGCGCGUGUCCCUCCGGCGGGACGGGGCGGACGGUGCUGGUGCGGGGGCUGCCCCCCUCGGCCCGCGCCGCCCAGCUGGAGCGGGAGUUCGGGCAGGCGGGGCCGGUGCGGCGGGCGGUGGCCGUGACGGCGCCCGGCGGCGAGGCGUGCACCGGGCUGGGCUUCGUCUGCUUUUCCCUGCCGGAGGAUGCGCAGCGGGCCCUGCGCGAGAUCCGCACCUUCGGCGGCCGCCGGGUCAGCCUGGCGUUGGCGCGGCCCAAGCGGCGCAGGGCGGGAGGCGGAGGCGGCGCAGAGGCCCCCCCGGAGGCGCCCCCACCGGCGCAGCAGCCCCCCAAGGUUAGGGGGCCCCCCAAGAAAGCCCGGCUGAUCGUCCGCAACCUCAGCUUCAAGUGCACCGAGGGCGACCUGAAGAGCGCCUUUGCUCCCUUUGGGACCGUCCUGGAAGCCUCCCUGCCCAGGAAACCAGAUGGAAAACUGCGCGGCUUCGCCUUUGUGCAGUUCAGGAAUGUCCUGGAAGCGGGAAAAGCUCUGAAGGGGAUGAACAUGAAGGAGAUCAAAGAGCGUCCGGUGGCUGUGGAUUGGGCUGUGGCCCGGGAGAAGUACCAGGCUGCGCAGACAGAAGGUGUCCCUGACGAGAAGAGAACCCAGCAAGAAGGUGCCGACGGGAGGGAAGAAAAAGGAGGAAGACCGGCGUCUGCAGGGCCAGGAAGACGUGGCAGGGACCCUGAGCCCCAAACGCCCUCUGCGGAUAACGAGGACGGAGAGCAGGAAGUCGGCUCCCCGGAGGAGGAGGAGGAGGAGGAGGAGCCGGAGGAGGCUGGGAGUUCCGAGGAGGAAGAGGAGGAGAGUGCUGAGGAAGAGGAGGAAGGAGGAGGAGGAGAAGGGCCUGCCCCAGAGCAGAAGCAGCACCGCUCGGAUGUCGCAGAGGGCCGGACUGUCUUCCUCAGGAACCUGUCCUUUGACACGGAAGAGGAGGAGGUGGGGGAGCUGCUGGAGCAGUUUGGGGACCUGAAGUAUGUCCGGAUUGUGUUGCACCCUGACACGGAGCGCUCCAAAGGCUGUGCCUUUGCCCAGUUUGCCACCCAGGAAUCUGCCCAGAAAUGCCUGCAGAGGGCACAGGAGGAGGGCGAGGCUCGGGGGCUCCAUCUGGGGGGCCGCCGUCUCCGGGUGGACCUGGCCGUCAGCCGUGAGGAAGCCCAGCAGCUGCGGAGCACAAAGGCCCAGAAGCCCACUGGCACCCGCAAGCUCUACCUGGCCCGGGAAGGCUUGAUCCGGGCCGGCACGAAAGCGGCGGAGGGGGUCAGUGAUGCUGACCUGGCCAAAAGGGCCCGGUUUGAGCAGCUGAAGCGGCAGAAGCUGAAGGACCAGAAUGUGUUUGUGUCCCAGACGAGGCUCUGUGUCCACAACCUGCCCAAGAGUGUGGAUGACGCCACCCUGCGGAAGACGAUGCUGCAGGCGGCGGGGGGCGCGGCUGAUGCCAGGAUCAAGGAGUGCCGGGUGAUGCGGGAGCUGAAGGGCCGGGGCCAGUCCCUGGGGUAUGCCUUCGUGGAGUUCCAGCAGCACCAGCACGCCCUGCUGGCCCUGCGCCAGGUCAACAACAACCCCCAGCUCUUUGGGGACCAGAAGCGGCCUAUUGUGGAGUUCUCCCUGGAGGACGGGCGGAAGCUGAAACUGAGGGAGCAGCGUGCCGAACGCAGCCGGCAAAAGCUGAGGAAGAAGCAAGCAGCUGCCGGGCCAGCAAGUCAGGGGCCAUCGCCCAGCACCGGCCGGCCAGGGGCCCCUCAGAAGCCAGCCAGGGGCGUGAAGAAGGCCCCGGGGCCCGAAGGAAAGGCUGGGGCCCCCAGCAGCGGCCCUCAGGCUCCACCGGAGCACCUUGGGCAGAAGAGGAAGCGGCCUGGGCCCCCGCCCAGCCUCCAGGCCCCCGAAGCAGCCGCCUCCUGGUCAGGCUUCCAGACACGCACGGAGGAGCAGAGGGUGGAGCUGCCGGACGGCACGAAGCGGCGGAGGGUCCUGGCCCUCCCCUCCCACUGGGGGCCCAAGAUCAGGAAUCGCAACCAGGGCAGAGUGAAGGGGGCCCCUCCCAAGAAGAAGAAGGCCGGGCCGAAAGAGCAGAAGGCGCCCAGAGCUGCCCCCCAGAGGCCCCAGAAGAAAAAGGCUGGAGGCGGCCGGGCGGAGGUUCGUUUCGAGCAGCUGGUGGAGCGCUACAAGCAGCGGAUCCUGGGCACGGCUGGCAAGGCCGCCCUGCCGGCCAAGAGGAGCAAGUGGUUCGAGGACUGACUCGCCCCUCCCCAAGGAAGAGAGCCCCCCCAGCUGGGCGGGGCUGCUUGGAUGUCGGGUCCUGCCCUUGGGGGGAGCAAAGGAGGCUCGCCCGGGGCCCGGCUUCUUGGCCCCGUGUGGACGGACGUGACCCAGGACCUGCGGGGCAGACAGGUCGGGGGGAGAGCCCCCUGCAGCCCUGGAAACGCUGGGGUCCCUGCUGGCCCGGGACCUCUGCAGCCAGGGUGGGCGUGGGGGCCUCUGGAGGAAGGGAGAAGCAAGGCAGCCCCGUGCUGUGCCAGACCAUCCUCGCUGUAAAGAAGGGUGGGUGGGUGAGCCCUGGGGGCCCUUCCUCCGUGCCUAGCCUCACCGGGCAGAAAUGGGUCCUCACAACACCAUCAGCCUGGUGGAAGGUGCAGAGGAGGGGGGGCUGCUGCUGUUCUGAGGAGGAGGAGGAGGCUGCAGCCACGGAGCGCCCCUCGCUCGUUCGGCCUCUCUUAAUAAAUGGCUUUCUCCGA